AUGCAGGAAAGGAGGGAGAUGACCCACUCCUUUGUUCGUCCUCGAAAUGUCAUUGGUAGGGAUGAUGCCAAAAAACAGAUUCUAGAUCUUUUAAUGCAGCAAGAUGCUGACAGAAAUGUCAAUGUAAUUCCUAUUGUUGGGAUUGGAGGUUUGGGGAAAACCACACCUGCCAAGUUGGCUUUUGAUGAUAAUCAGGUAGUUAGUCGUUUUCAAUUGAGAAUGUGGGUGUGUGUUUUUGAGGAUUUUAAUGUUGCAAGGUUGACAAAAGAAAUCAUUAAAUCUGCAAUUUAUAGGAUUGAUGAGAAUUUCGUUGUGGAUGGAUUGCCAAACAGCUUAAAAGAACUUUUGAAUGAUAAGAAAAUUUUAGAGAAUUUGGGUGUGGAUGAAUUGCAAUGUCGACUAAGAGAACUUUUAAAAGAAAAGAAAUUUUUACUUGUCUUGGAUGACGUUUGGAACGAGGAUCAUAGUAAAGGGAAUCAAUUGGAAGAAUUGUUACUUGGUGGUUGCAAUGGAAUGAAAUUGGCAUUUAAGGAUGGAAAAGAAAAAGAAUAUCCAAACCUCUUAAAAAUUGGAGAAGCAAUUGUAGAAAAAUGUAAAGGGGUUCCAUUGGCAGUGAUGACUUUAGCAAGCCUACUUCAUUCAAAAUUUGAUGAACGAGAGUGGAAAUUUGUGAGAGAUAACGAGAUAUGGAAUUUAGACAAAAAAGAUGGUGGAAUCUUACCUGCAUUGAGGCUCAGUUACAAUCAAUUGCCGUUUCACUUGAAGCAACACUUUGCCUAUUGCUCUCUUUUCCCAAAGGAUUUUGAAUUCAUUAGUUCUCAAUUGGUUCAAUUUUGGAUGGCACAUGGAAUUCUCCAAUCACCUGACAAUGAAAAACAAGAGUUGGAAGAUAUUGGUGAGUUGUAUAUCAAGGAGUUAAUGUCAAGAUCUUUGUUUGAAGAUGUUGAUGAAAACUAUAUGUUUAGUUAUUCCUUUAAAAUGUGCGAUUUGGUCCAUGAUCUUGCACAAUCAAUUGCCAAAGGAGAGUGUUCGGUAGUGACCAAGAAGUCUACCCUUGCUGCAGAAGUUUGUCAUCUGUCAUUUUUGGAGAAUGGGCAAGAAGUUACAACACAAUUAGAGAAGUUGAGCAAAGUCCAUACUAAUAUUUUCAAAACAAAGCAACCUGCAUCCUUACUUGAAGCAUGUAUCAUAAGAUUUAAGUACUUGCGGGUGCUUGAUCUGAGCAAAUCAUCCUUUGAGGUGUUGCCAAGUUCUAUCGGAAGUUUAAAACAUUUGAGAUAUGUCAACCUAUCAGGUAAUGACAUAAUCAAGCCACUUCUAGAUUCCAUUUGCAAGCUGCACAGUUUGCAAACUUUACUGCCUGGUGGUUGCAGCAAUCUUGAAUGGUUCCCCAAAGGUAUAAGGGACAUAAUUGGCCUUAGGUUUUUGGUUGUUACAACAAAGCAUACCUGCUUGUUGGAGAAGGCAGUAGGUUGCUUGGAUUCUCUUCGAUCUUUGUGGAUAUGUGAAUGUGAGAAUCUAAAAUGUGUGUUUGAAGGGAUGGAGGAGGGGCGCCUCACACAGAAUGUCCAACUGAAAUCACUUCAGACAUUUAGAAUUAAAGAUUGCCCUGAGUUCUCAUCUCUCCUGGAAGGGAUACAAGAUCUCACUGCACUAAGAGAAUUUCAGAUUGAAGAUUGUCCUAUGUUGAGUAGAAAGUGCAGAGAAGAAGUUAGGCACAAGAUUGCUCAUGUACCAAACAUUGAUUUCGAUGAGUAUUUCGAUGAGGAUAUUGGUAGUUCAUAA